UUUUCGGUGUUUAUAUUAGGACAGCCUGAGGGAAUAUCGACACGCUGUCUGUCAUUUCUGUCAUAUUUACUAAUUUUAUCUUUGUACCAAGUGUACUUUGUCAAGGCAGGUGAAGUCCAUUUACAAUGGCAGAUAGUCGGAGAGGAUUUCAUCCAGAUCCCGAACUCACUGAGAUACUUGGGAGACUAUGGGAACUGGACACAAACAAAUGUUAUGCUGGUCAGGACUUUGAUAUUGAUCUGCAAGGGUAUGUUACCAGUGGCAGAGAACUCCAGAGAGACAGGGCUCGAUACACACUUUUUGCUUGGGUUGAUGAAGAAAAUGUAUUUGAAAGAAAGACCUAUAAAACAUUUAAAGCUCUACUAGACAACUAUGAACUCGAGUGUGGAAAACAGGAAGUGGUAACAAACGAAGAAAGAAAAGAGAAUCGAGACUUCAUUGAUGCCAUCAUGGAGACAGAUGUAAUGCAGGAAGCUCACCGUUAUCUCGUAGAGAAGGGAAAAGCACCGGAGGAUGAGAUUGAGUUCAAAAGACUGCUGUACAGAACCUGGUUCAGUCUCAUACGCAGGACAAAGGGGGAUAGGGACUUUGACUCCAGCAGUUUUGAACAUGUAUUUGUUGGUGAGGGACGUGAGGAUGAAUUUAUUGGGCUUCAUAAUUGGAUUCAGUUCUACCUCCAGGAAAAAGCAGGGAACAUUGACUACCAUGGAUACUUUAGAAGGGAAACGGUCAAGGAUGAUGAACAUUUCCGGUUGAUAGCUCUGCAAUUUAAUUGGCGGGGAGAGAAAGGUAAGCCAAUGAGUUCCUGCUUCCUGGGGACCAGUCCAGAGUUCGAGAUCGCAGCUUACACAAUCUGCUUCCUGAGUGGUAAGCACGGACGUAACAUGGACGUUCAGUUGGGAGAAUACGAAGUGGAAAUCAGCUGUUUACCUCUGGGAAAGCAUUGUAUAGGGACGGCUUAUAUUGCAGCAGCUAGAAUGAGUUAGACAGUUACCUCCCCAAUGUCAGUCUCUGGCAUUGUGUACAUAUUGGCCUUUAAUGAGAACAAGACAACUCCCCCCAAUGAUAAGUCUAUAUAAACCCUUCAUAGAAACCAAAAACUUUCUUAUCAACUUCAAACUAUUGCCUUAAUCUAUAUUUUGACUUAGAACAUGAAAGUGUGCACUGUUCUGUAUCCUUAAAUGUUCUGAAAUACUCAGCAAUACAUAUCAGAAUGUAUAGAUAUCAAUUUUUGAAAAUGAUUUUGAUAAACUUUUAAAUAGCAUUUGCUAAAUACUUUAGUUUAUCAAUUGGUGCUCUUUGGAUUAUGCAAUAUUGAAAUACUUCUUUUUAUUACAGUGGUAAAACUGAAAAUCAGUUUUAUGUCACAGUAAAUUAU